AUGCCGGCCCUCGGAUGUGCUGAUGAUACAGUCCCCGACAGCCUCACGCUUCGAGAGGAGCCUCCCCCACCGGUCUAUCUCGACAAGUCUCUCACUCGUCUGGCUGAGACCAUCACCGUCUCGUCCGGCUUCGUCGCAGAGAAACUAGGCGUCGACCCUCACAUCGUCUUGUACACCACCAUUGGCUGCAUCCUGCUGGCCGUUCCAUUCAGCAUGUCGAGAUACGGCUGGCCUAUAAAUCGGGAAUCCCUCUCACCCUAUGGCUCCUCGUUAGGCGGCGUCCCUAAUAUCACAGACGACGACUUUAGCUACAUCACCUCCGAAGACCUCCACGAACCCGCGGGCGGCUCAAGAUACCAACCCCGCACCCACAAUGCGGUCCCUCCCGCGCCCGAAGACGAUAUUCUGCUCUUCAAGAACAAGGGCGUGACUUAUCCAGUACACUUCCCCGCCUACACCAUUGGUGACGGCAAGCUUCGUGUCUGCGACAUUCGCGAUCGCAUCGCCGUCGAGCUUGACCUCUCCGACCGCCGCGCUCGUCGCGCCAAGAUUCUCUACAAAGGACGCCAGCUGAAGGAGCCGGCGGCACCCGUCCGCGAUUAUGGCGUCAAGAACAAUAGCGAAGUCAUGGUGGUUCUACCUGAUAUUGCUCCUGGCGAGGAGAGUGGCUCUACUUCAGAUGAGGAGAUGGUCGUUGUUGCCGACGAUCGAGGCAGUGCCGGGGGCACGGGCGAUGACAAGAAGCGUCGGAAGAAGAAGUCGAAGAAGUCAAGAAAGUCAAAGACCGAGGGCAGCCCGCGCGACAGCGCUUCAACGUUCUCUCUGCCGGGUCGCGACUCGGAUACGCCGUCGUCACCUCGGCCCGCUGCUGCGACAGGCCCCAUUGCGGCUCUCAAUGAACUCGACAAUCACUUCAUGACGACUCUGUACCCAUUAUGCCAGGACUUUAUGGCGAAUACUCCGACAGAUCCGAAGAAAUUGGAGGAUGAGCACCGCAAGAUUACCGAAACGGUCAUGAUGCAGGUCAUCCUCAAGCUUGACGCUGUAGAAACGAAUGGUGACCCAGACGCGCGGGCGCGCAGGAAAGAGCUUGUCCAGAAGGUGCAGAACGUGCUGAAGGACCUGGACACGAGACUGAAGAAGUGA